AUGGGCAAAGUGGGCCAGUCAGUUGGCCGUUUGGCGUCUGGCGUUUUGGUUGUUGAAUGUUUGCUGAUCCAGGUUCCAUGUCCAAUUGCCGUUUUCGUGAAUGAACUGCGAAGAAAAAUGGUUAUUCGAUCGGCUCUUCCUCCCCCCACGGUUGGCGCUAGUGGAGGGGUUAUGCGGUUGCCAAGUCACUGGUCGCGAUUGCUGAUUGCAGGGUUGAGACGGUGGGUAGAUGAUAGAGCGGCAGAAGAGAGGGCAAAGCUUGACAUGUGCUUCGCGUGCAUGGUAGGUAGCUAUACCCAGCCCAGCCCAGCCCAGCAAGCAAAGCCAACCAGCCAGCCAGACAAGGCCGUCGUCCCGUCUCGACCACAACUCGGCCUUCUUAUAGUACAUGGCAAGCUCCCUCCCCCUUCUUUCCCCGGCCUCGGUCCUCAUUCUGCUCGUCUGAAUCCUUUACUGCGCCCUGCAACCUCAACCAUCAUUCGCCACCACCCUUGGGACUUCAUACCAUACACAUCCGCUGUCACCCCUCUUCGCUCUUGCACUACUGAUAGUACACUCAGUCCGCAUUCAGCCUCGAGAAAUCACCUUGCAUUAAACAAACAGCGCCAGCCACGACCGGUACCCAACAAUCACAACAACAACAACAACAACAAGAACAACAAGAACAACAAAACCAGCCGGCCCCGCAUCUCUCACCCUGUCCUUGGUCCACCACCUGGCUCUCCCCCUUGA